ACACUUGAUAGCGCUGUGUAUUGUAAGUUAGAAAAUUGUAGGUUGAAUUUUCUUCUUGCAGUUUAUAACAAAGUGACGACUAUUGUUAUAAGAAAUUGUAGUAACUAUAUUUAUAUUAUAGUAUGUUUAAUAACAUGAAAAAAUGCCUGAUAACCUCAGUUAGGAUUCACAAGAAAUUGUUAACCCGAUUAAUCCAUGUGGAUAUUUUGUCGACUAGACUUUAUUUUUCGAAUGUGAAUGCUCGAUGUUCAAAUAAUGCAGUCUACAAGCGAUUUUACUGUCAUAAUACGAUCGAUGAGAAAAAUACAACGAGCGCCGAACUAAAAUAUCAUAAGCGAAAGUUGGAUGAGCAGAAACUGAAUGAAUAUUUGUCCGAACCCGAGAAUCUUAAGCGUUUUCAAAUAUUAGAAUUAGAAGUAGACGUUUUGCGACACAAUGCUGAAAGAGUGCCUAAGAAUAUUGAACCAGAAGAUUGGUUGUGCCUGUUAAGUACAACGUUCAAAGCAAAAAGAAAAAAAUACCUUAAGUUCUUGUGGCUUAAUGAGAAAAAAACAGAACAUGACAAGGAGAAGAAAGAGUUGAAGAAGGCUGAAUGGCUCGCUAAAAAGCAAGAAUUGACCGAGGACACUGGUGAAACUAGAUAUGGCCUCUUCGGAAAUACGCUAUUUUUACGUAUAUAUGAAACAACUAUGAAUCACUAUUACAAUGGUAGAUUGAUUUAUAAUAUGAUGUUUGAACCGAAGCUAGUGUUUGAUUGUAGUUAUGAGGACCAUAUGACUAAACGUGAGAUACACAAUUGCAGCAAGCAGUUAGCUUUGUCAUUUGCUCAUAAUCGCAACCAUGCCAAUCCUCUGACUCUUUAUUUCUGUAAUUUUAACAAAGAUGGAUUACUCAAGCAGCACCUUCAUCAAAACAUACCUACUUUGAUGCAAGAUGAUUUUCCUCUUAUAAUGACAUCGCAAUCUUACUUAGACAUAUUUCCAAAAAAUCAGUUAGUGUAUCUCACUCCACACUGUAGAACAAAUUUAACCAAAUAUGAUCCAAAUAUGAUUUAUAUCAUAGGUGCUUUGGUAGACAAGGGGCAUUCACAACCAUUAUCUAUGGCAAAAGCUAAAAGAGAAGGUAUUCAGAUGGCUAAAUUUCCUAUGGACCAAUAUCUCUCUUGGGGUCCUAGCUCGUCAAAAAAUCUUACGCUCAACCAAUCGAUUACUAUAAUGUUGGAUUUGAGGCACACUGGAGAUUGGGAAAAGGCAUUUAAGAACGUGCCAACUAGAAAAUUAAAAUCUACCAGACAACAUGUGACAGAAAACAAACUGCAGAGGUCUAUAUUUUCAAAAAGAUUGCAGACUGAAGGCUCUAACAUUCAAAAUUUUACAUUUCAAAGC